ACACACACACACACACACACACACACACACAUUGUCUGAUUCCCACUGGCGCUCCUUCCUAUUGCCAAUAGAAUCUGUAAAUACACACCAGAGGUCUCAGGGGCUAAAACAAUUCAUGUAGCGUGCAGCAUCCUGUGAUAGAUCCACUAUCAGCACCUGACACCUCGAAAACAGGAAAAACGUUUCAGCAGACGCAGAUGCAUUGGGUUGUUUGGAGGAGGAGCAUUUGGACAACUAUAAAACCCACUGACUGAAGUCUCAGCUUCAUUGUGCAGAGACAGGAGGUGGAGGACUGUGUCCAUCAUGUCAUACUACGAGCACAUCCUUUUGGACUUUGACUACAAUGACACAGGUUCUGGUUCUGGCUCUGGAGAGGUGGGUGUGGACCUGGAGGAGCCCUGUGAUGUAGAACAUCUAAUGACAGAUGAGCUUCAGCAGGUCUUCUUGCCCGUGGUCUACGCCCUCAUCUUCAUACUGGGCAUCACAGGAAACGGGUUGGUCGUCAUAGUUCUGGGUUGUCAGCGCAGGUCCAAGUGCAGCCUGACAGACUGGUAUCGCCUCCAUCUCUCCGCGGCUGACCUCCUCUUUGUUCUCUCGCUGCCGUUCUGGGCUGUGGAUGCAGCUUUGGCUGACUGGCGUUUUGGAUCAGCUACCUGUGUCGGUGUGCACGUGAUCUAUACUGUGAACCUGUAUGGCAGUGUGCUCAUCUUGGCAUUCAUUAGUCUGGAUCGGUACCUGGCAGUGGUCCGGGCCACAGAUACAAACACAGGAGGACUGAGGCAGCUGCUGGCACACAGGCUGGUGUACAUAGGUGCAUGGUUACCUGCUGGUCUUCUUGCAGUACCAGAUCUGAUCUUUGCCAGAACUCAGGAAAGAGCAGAAGGUUCUACUUUGUGCCAGCGCUUAUACCCAGAAGCAAAUGGUCCUAUCUGGGCUGCAGUCUUCCACCUUCAGCUGGUUCUAGUGGGUUUGGUGAUCCCUGGCCUGGUCCUCCUGGUGUGUUACUGCGUCAUUGUCACUAGACUGACCCGAGGCCCAUUGGGAGGGCAGAGGCAGAAGCGGCGAGCAGUCAGGACCACCAUCGCUUUGGUGCUCUGCUUCUUCUUGUGCUGGCUCCCAUAUGGCGUGGGCAUCUUUGUGGAUGCUCUUUUGCGACUGGAGGUCCUGCCGUCCAGCUGCAGGCUGGAGGCCGCUUUAGGCAUGUGGCUAUCGGUGGCUGAGCCCAUGGCCUUUGCACACUGCUGUCUGAACCCGCUGCUGUACGCCUUCCUGGGGGCCGGAUUCAAGAGUUCAGCUCGCAGAGCUCUGACUCUGAGUCGGGCCUCCAGUUUGAAGAUUUUACCCCGGAGACGCCAUGGGGCUUCCACGACCACCGAGUCCGAGUCCUCCAGUUUGCACUCCAGUUAGUGUCUUCUUGUUGGUUUGCUGUAUAUUAUGUAAAUAAUAACAUUAACUGAAAGUAUGAGGAGCAGUCUGCUGGCCCAUGACUCCUCCUGCAGGGUUUCCCUUGUAAAUAGUAGAAAUGCUGCUGUGUUCAUAUACUGUUGUACGUGUUUGUAAUAAAAAAAAUAAAAACA